AUGGUUGGGCUGUUUAAGGUUCCCCCAUCUCACAUCCGGGCGGUACCGUGCAUUUCUGGCAUUCGUCACAAACCCUUACCCAAGGCUGCACUGUGGCUUGACGGAAAUCCAUUGGUGCAGGUUUUGAAUGGAGGAGCCAACUCAUUCUCAGAUAGUCCCCUGGUGGGCGGCCUAAAUUUUGGUUCCGGCCAGUCGGGACGGCUUGAUCGCCAAGUGCCAGUUACCGAGAAGUGCGCCUCGUGGAUAGUCCAAGCCCAGUUGUUGCAGGGAGGCCGUUCGACGUCGUUAAAUGGGCGCUGCUGCUUGUCAAGCGUUCGGACUCCCAGACGGGCGCGAGCGCUUUUUGCUAUUCGGCCAGCUCUUGCGGUAAGGCGGCCUUGGGAUCCUGGAUCACCCGAGGAGGUCAUCUUGGACGUCUGUGCGGGCGUACGCUGGUCUUUUUGGGCCCCUCUUUUUUCUUUCCCAACGGUCACCGGCACGGAAAUCCCUGCAAGCCAGAGACAGGCGGACGGGCGGAACAUGCCUCCGAGACCAUUGGAAAAGCAGAUCAGGCUUGUCGACUGUGGCACAGGGCUUGACCCCAGCUGCACGAAGCACGGGGGAGGAGGUGAGGGAGAGGAGAGGAAACGAUUCAGAAACCAGGAUCUAUCCGAUCUAUCACAUGGCGGUGAAUCUGGCUGCCGCGCAUGGGGAUCCCAGGUACUCCGGAUGUCACCUUUCAAAGAUGGGCGGCAUUCUACUGGAGGAGGGGGCUCAACGGUCGAGGGGAUGCAGAUGGGCAUGAAGAAAUACGAAGAGGUAUUGCAUGACACCCGUCCUAGCCCUGAUCCCCGACCAGAAGAUGAAGACAGGUCGGCAGCUGCACCCCACUUUGAGAGAGGAUCGACAUCGAAGCAUCCCCGCCAGGAUGCCGCGGAUCACUUUUCCCACCCCCUGGCCGUGGGAUAUUAUCUCCACGCUGCAAGGUGUGAGUCAGUAAGGAACUCCUCGCGGCUUUAUAACUGCAUUAACCGGUUGGGAGACCCCCACUGCGUGCAAGAACCGCGAUGCCUACAGAAUCGCCUCGCCACAGACGUACACCAGCCACAGGCCUGGCGUCAGCGCCUAAAGGAGCAUUUCCGGAGCCUAUCGUCUGUACCGGGUACAUGGGACUAUGUACGAAAUGUAGGUGGAUAUGGACUAAUGCACGCGCCAUCCCUGAUUCCUCCCAACCAAUUCAGGGCCAUAGCCCUUCCCAGAGCUGCGACAUGUUAUACCACCCAUGGAGCUCUGCCCGAUCCAGUCCGACUGGAAGGCGAGUGUGCAACGCUCGGUCCUCUUAGCUGCACAGUCGGGAUUGUCGUCCCUUGA